CUUGGUGGCUCGCGUGCCCGCGACAUCCAAGUGUGCCAACGCUGCAGGACUGUGUGGGUAUCCCUGCCUUGGGUUUAGCCGGCUCAAGGGGGGCCAGGCCUACAUGUCCCGGAUCCAGAUUCUGCAGAUUCAGUUGGACUCCCAUGAUAGGAUCUUGUAUUGCAGGGCCGCGACGCCGGCUCUGCAACAAACAUGCGGCACGUGCGUGCCCAUGGACACGUUUCUUGGUCGAGCGCAGCCUGCGGCCCUGCGCCGUGCGCGGUGGCGGUGAUGGCGGCGGCGGCGGCAGUGCAGGGUCUGGCAGCGGCAGCAGCGGUGCAGGGCCUGGCGGCUGGGCGGCGGCGCAUUGUUUGGCGGCGGCGGCGGCGGCGGCCCUGGGCCCAGCAGCGGCGGCGUGCAUGUGCGUGGUGGCGGGGGCAGGCAAUCAAGGCCACGUCAAGGAGGAGAGCGCGGCGCCGCCCGAGAAGCGGCGCCGGCGCGCAGGUUGAGACCUGCCGAUGUCUGGUUUGCGGCCUUUGCCGGCGAGCAUAACAUGGAACAGUGUGUGGUAGGAUUGAUUGCUGUUGGGUUUGUUGCCUGCUGUGCUUGUGCUUGACAGCGGGACAGUGGCUGGAAACAUGGCGGGCGGUGCCUGUACGAACCGCCCUGGGUAUGUCCGGGAGAUGAGGCAGUUUUGAGCCUUUCGGCCUCGGACGUGCUAAUGAUUGCUCCUGCAAGUGCGUUACAAUGCAACACCCAGAAGUGGGCGCCCCAGAAGUGCAAGCCGUACAAGGGAAUGAAGGGAUCACGCGUCCAUGCCAUUCUCGUCUGCCAUGACUGCAGAACGGUCCGAUAAGCAGGGAUCCCAUUCACCUGCUAUGCGGUCCUGCGGUCUGUUUAUGCGGUCCUGCGGUCUGUGUUUGGAUCGUUGUCUGCCCACACCCACUACCUGCACCUGUACUGGAACCGCAAUCUUGUGGCGGCGGCCAACAGCAGACCCAUCACCGCACGCAUUCAGGAGGGCUCACCAUGGCCAGCCGCACUGCGCAGGCCCCCCAAGCGGCAAGGUGGUGAUGGCGGUGGCGGUGGUGUUGAGUGAUGGGGGCGGGGCUGGUGGAUGGAAGAGAAGAUAGCGGCAGCAGUUCCCGAUUGCAAAUCAUGCCGUCCGGCCUAGGUCCGUGAUGUAAGGAGCUGUUAGGCAACCUGUUCUAGCCGUAGACCAGCCGCAGUGUUGAUCGCUUCGUGCGGGAACGCGUCAACGCGGCGAGAGCGAGAGGGCCUUGGAUGCCCCUCCGCCUCGGAUGCCCCCGGUCGGCUGGACAGUCACAGCAGCCUGCUGGCGAGGAUGGGGUGUAGUCAAGGUAGUCAAGGCAGUCAAGGCAGUGGGUAUCCGUGCGUGAUUUUGUCCCUGGGUAUCCGUGGUGUCGCGUGCAUACCCGCUACCGGGGUAGGCCCCGGCGCGCAAGUGGCGGGAUUGCCCUCUGGCAGUCGUGUCAUACACCUCCCUGAGUGUGGACGGGGCAUCAAUAUGACACUGUAACAGCUGUGGGUGAUGCAGGCACCGCAAGAUGUAUCACAGGAGGUAUGGACAUCGUGUGCAUAGUUGCUGUGGCUGCAAUGGAGGAUUGCUGGGCGCGCCUGUCAUCUUUCAAUGCGCGUACGUCACCUCACGAUGUGGCGUGCGUGAAAGCAACAACUUGGGCAUGCUAGAUACGCCAGGGACCUGUUGCUGUGUCAGGGGCGCCUUACACUGCACUGCGUCUCUACCUCUCGCGGCUGAGGUCCCAGGACCUACCGAGCCGGUCGUGUUGAAGGUGGAACGCUGAUGAGGGCAGGACCACAGGAGCCUCCUGCUACUGCCUAAAAACUCUGGUGCUCGACUGGCGAGAGCAAGUCAGCUGCGAUACGUGCUGAGUCAAUGUCACCAUCGCAUAUGCUUUCGACGGUGGUGAUAGUUGGCUGCAAGUUGUUGGGUGGAUUCCUCAGAGCUUCGGAGGGGCAUGGGGGUUUGCACGGGGGGCGACGUCUGGCGACACC